CGAACGCACUGGGUCGUUGAAAUCUGAUACAUCCUGUAGCGAUAGCCUCUGCUAAAGUUGAUCAAAGCUUCUUUUAGUAUUUAAACCGCAGGCAUCUUUUGGCCUUCCUUGCCGAACUCAGCUCCGUGCGUCUAGUUUCCGAUUAUCUGCAAAUAUAUCACCACAUGCAAGACUAAACGAUAUUCCUUUGGUGAACGCCAAACGCUGUGUGAUUGUACAAUGGACGCGCGCAAAGUCUGCCUAGUUAGCAUAUUAUGCGCGCUACUUUGUCCUGACGGAUAUGCGGUAGAAGGUGAGUCGUAAUAUUCUAUCUACUAAAAUAUGUUGCGCAAAAUCCUAAUCCUUAUAUUGUAAAAAAUCAAGGGACGCGCAUAUUAUUCAAGUAGUGUAUUAUGCUAAUCAACCCGUGCGCUUCUCGUAUCCGUAUGUACUCGUACAUUACUACCGAAAGAUUUAUUUAUUUCGGCUAUUCUAGUUCAUUUAGCGAAUUAGAGCUUCGUUAUAUUUUACUUAGUUCAUUAUUUAUGGAUAUCGCAUCAAUCGAUCUGAUCAAACGAUACGAAAGCAUGAUACGACAUAUUCAAUAUGCUCUACCACUGCUUAGAACAGAGGGCAAUUGUUUGCGGGUAUGUUUAUAACAGCGCACAAGCAAAACAGUAUUGGCAGGCAGCCUGUUCAGCAUUAAAUAUUUAAGUUUGUAAUUUUAUAAUUGCCGCAGACAAGACAUAACUACGGGCAAGAUUAACGUCGUCUUAGAACGCAUAUGGAAAUCCAAAUCUCGUUCACACAUAAUAAAGUAUUUAUAGUAUUUAUAGAUAUAAUUGACAUUUAGCUUGGGUAUUUGUAUAUCGCCGAAUGAAAUGUUUAUAAACUUUAAUAGUUCCUAAUGUACAGAGUCAAAUAACACAAGGAUAUAGCGAGAUAUGGUUUUUGGCGCAAUAUAUGCAAAUCGUAUGUCUAGUUUAAUUUGCAUAUAUUGCAGUACUAUUGCAGUAGCGUCUCUAAUUCAUUGCCCUUGUGGCUUGUACACUUUGAUUCUGAAAUGUUUGAAUCAUGUUGCGUAUUAUUAUUAGCUAGAUAUAGAUGAGAGCACGUUUUCUAUGGACAAGUUUUCACAUGGCAAGUUUAAUAUCUCCUUGUGUGUAUAGGCAGAUUACUCCCACGAUAAAGACAUUUGGUCAUUACUUUUUAUACUAAAUAUUAGCAAAGUACAAAUUUUACUCGUCUGUAUUUGUCAACACAGAAAAUUUGGCGAAGUAAUUUGAGCGCUUGCAUAUAGUUAUUCAGCGAUCGUAAACCUUAAGAUUGACGUUUACGGCAAUCGUCUAACUGCAAACGGGAAACUUCAAGUCGUAUUUUGAGGUCAGCUGUUUGCUGUAUAAAGUCAGGGCAAUUUGCGCAUUACAAUUGAAGAAUGAAUUAGCUCCUAAACGUGUCAUAUUGGACCACUAGAUAAAACUAUUAGUUUUUUUAAUUAGUCUGUAAAGAGGCCAAUGAUAUUAGGGCAUUAUUCCAGAUAGAGUUAAGAAAUUAGCAUGUUUUAAAAUGUAUUAUAGUACUUGCGGUUGUAUUUGUGUAAUCUUAUAUGUACUAAUAUUGAUUCAGUAUUGAUAGCAUGAAACGUGUAGCGCGUUCCUUUAUUUACUUAAUAUCGGUUUACACUGUCGUGCAGUUAUUUGUUCCGUUUGUGUUCGCCAUAAAAUUCUCUCCAUUUUGCUGUUUGCGUUCAUUCGGGUUUUAAUUAAGUAAAUGUUAAGCCCAUAGGACGCUACCAUUGUCACUAGUAGUUGUUAUAACAUGCCUUUAAACUUUCUGCCAUUUCAUUGUCGUUGUGGCGAAAAAAGCCAAAACUUUCCAUGAAUUAAGUGAGAGGCCGUUGGGUUUUUGGAAGACUGUUCAUUCUGAGAAAUACUGUCAAGUAGAUUUACUUCUAAACACUUAAUUAAGCUGUUAAUUGGACAUUUCUUCAGCACUUGUAUAAUUUGUAGUGUGUUAAUUAAUGCACCACUUUUUAGGUGUUUGUUUGCAAGCGUGAAAAGCCUCUGGCAUCCAAGUUGUAGCUGGAGUAAUCAUCAUCGUCACUGAUGCGUUUAGAUAGGGGAACCUUUAUCACGCUUAGAAUUUUGAUGUGAGCACUUUAUAAAUACCAAAACUGAAAAGAGCGAGCCAAAUUUAGUGGGUAUACAUAAAAUUCGAAGGUUAUAUUUUAAAAAGUGUGUUGUGUCGUUCAGUAUAAAAACAGAAUAUUUUAUAGGAAAUGUGUAGAUAGGGAAUUCGCAUUGAAUGGGUAUACAAAACCUCAUAUAUUUUCUAAUGAUAUUUUAAAGUUCACAUUGUUUUUAAAAAUACCACGAGUGUCAAAGUUCUCAAAAUAAAAUCACCAAAAUCUUUCUACCGAUUAAAAAGUUUUCCACUUCAACAGUAACGUGCUGCAACGAAGCGUAUUUCUUUGUCUCCUGAGCACUUUGAUCUCCUCUUUUAAUUCUUGCCAUUUAUAGAGGCAAAGUUGAAUUUUAAAUCGGCUAAAAAAUACGUGGUAGAGGUCUGUUGGGUCAGACGGAUUUGUCAUUAUGCACGCUAAUGCAUAGCUAGUAUGCAUUAUAUGCCCAUUAAUUUGACUCCUUGGGUUUUAGCACAGCAGUGACACUAUUACACACAGAGGGAUCUUACGACAUGCACCGAUCGUUUACCAUACGGCACAUCGUUUGGUUGCGUGAUCAAAUGUUUAAUGUACUAACAUUGCAUUGGCCCCUAGCGAUGCGACUCAGUAACUUACAACAUUGACACCCUAUUCACAUUUUUGGAAAACUCAGUUUUGGAAGCCCGGCAAACUUCAAAGCUCCAAAAUAGAAGAGCUUUGUUUGAUGUGAACAAACAGUGAACUAUACCUCACCGUGCACAAAUCCUUUGUCUCAACUCCAUUAAAUAUUAUUAUUCAUCGUGGUUGCACGUUUCAUCUCAGCUAUCCCUACUGGACGAUUACAAUGUGCUCAAUCACCGUGAACGUGCACAAUUAACAUAAACUCCGACAAAAAACAUAACACAAUGACUUUUGAGUUUUGUGUCGAAUGGAACCAAGCAUUUAUAUUGUAUAUGUGAGUGAAUUGGCUGGGGGUAUCUUCCAUGCCUAGUUAUACCACUGUUCUGAUAAUAUAAGCAUAGAAUGGAACAAAGGUAUACCAAGGAUUAAAAUGUUUUAUGUGAAUUUGGUCGCUAUGGUCAUAAAUACGCUUGUUUUUUCAAUGGCUUUGCUUGGAAGUCUUUAAUUAAGCGUAUUACAAAUGAAAAAACAAGCUUUCCUGGGUUUAUAGAUUAGGUAUGGUACAGGUAUAUUAGAGAAACGUUUAAUAUUACCCGCUGGCAGCGUCUAUUGUGUGAUGUGCGCCAAAUACGCCGCAAUAAUAACAAACCCGGCUUCACGUCUAAUGCGCGAAGCUCAUUAACAUUUAAUGCGGAACCAUUUAAUUUAUGUAAGAACCAUAAUUGGAAUUCCAAUAAAAUAUGACAACAUUUAAAUCGACCUGUAAUGACAGAAACUAAUUCUUGUUCAAAUGUCGAACUAUGCAAAUGAGUUCAAACAAUGCAUUGUUUAGGUCUCAAAUUGAACUAUUUCUACAACAUUGGGAAACAUCUGACGAAAUAUCGUUUGCCUCUGUAACGCAUGUUCAAUUGAUGCUUUAUUUAAGUUUACUUUGAAUCAAAGUUAUUUUUGUCUCAAAAAAUCAUUUUGCGUACUUACGAACGUAAGGUUUAACCCCCUUCCCCCUUUGUACGCAAAUGUAUGCAUCAAUUAUACUCUCUUCCCCCCUCCCAUACAUACAUACUAAAUGAAUGCCCCCCCAGUGAGGAGUGCCUCCCCCUUGAAACUGCGGGGGUCCAGUGCUGGCCCCUGCGUUAAAUAGAAACCUUUGUGAAACAUUCCUCAACAGCUGCUCAGAGUUGAGAAAACUCUCAUGCAAACUCUCGCUUCUCAACUCUCAUCAUCUCUCACUCUCGCCUGCCCAGGACAAUACCGGACCUGAAUGAAAAACAGUUCACGUAAAACUGAUAGAGUUAUUCAAAUAAUCCGGCGCAAACGCUUGAACAGGGUACCAUGUUAACACGAAUUAAGUGAAUACUAAAAUAUUUUUUCUUACAUUAGCAGAUCAAGCCAAUACGUAUUCAACAAAGGAACAAAAUGUAAGACUUUGUUUCGUUCUAUAUAUGCAUCUUGUUUGUUUGUUUGUUUGUUUGUUUGUUUGUUUGUUUGUUUGUUUGUUUGUUUGUUUGUUUGUUUGUUUGUUUGUUUGUUUGUUUGUUUGUUUGUUUGUUUGUUUGUUUGUUUGUUUGUUUGUUUGUUUGUUUGUUUGUUUGUUUGUUUGUUUGUUUGUUUGUUUGUUUGUUUGUUUGUUUUGUUUGUUUGUUUGUUUGUUUGUUUGUUUGUUUGUUUGUUUGUUUGUUUGUUUGUUUGUUUGUUUGUUUGUUUGUUUGUUUGCUUGCUUGCUUGCUUGCUUGCUUGCUUGCUUGCUUGCUUGCUUGCUUGCUUGCUUGCUUGUUUAUUAAUUAGUUAGUUAGUUUAUUUGUUUUUGUUUGUUUGGCCGAAAAUUUGACCUCACAUUACGUCGUUAUGGGUACAACAAGCAAGUAUACUUGACUGUAUUUAUGUGAAAAGAUUCUCUCAUAAUGGGUGAGAGAAUAAUUUAUUAAAUUUAUCUUUGUGUAGGAACCAAAUAUUUACGAGAGCGUAUUCGGUGAUGUUUACUCGGCCGAAGACAUGCGACAUUUUUUCGAUGAUACAGGCUCCCCGAGUGAUGCGAGUUUAACCUCUGACCAAUCGUACAAUUUUAGUGAUGUGAAAAUAGCAGGGGCAGACGCAUUCGAUAUUCCAGAAUCGCUAUGGUCAAUGAUACAGGGACGAGAAAUUAUUUACAAAGAUUUUAAUGAGCUCACUCCGCAAAAACAACUGGAAGCGUUACAGGUUUGUUUGAAAAUAUUGCAUUCAAUCGAGGUUUUUAUCGGAUAAGCCAACUUCUCGACUGCACAUCCAAAAGAUGCGUUUGCGUCAGGUUAUGGAAAAUUUUAUCCCACUUGACACUGCGAUCCCACCUAGCGUAAUGUGAGAUCUCACCCAGCUAAGCUUAUAUGACGAUGAACAGGCCUUAUAACUGGGCAUAAACAUUGUAAAUUUAUAAUAAUAAUAAUAAUAAUAAUAAUUAUAUUUAUCUAAGAUACCCACAUCACAUAUACGUGUUUUUCAGCGAGGUCCUGCGUCAAAACUAUACAACUAUUUAAGCCCGCCGCACACGAGAGCAACUUGCUGAGCUAACCGCCUCGCGUGGCAGCUAGCUCAGCUAUGUAUUUUCACCGCACACGUUGGGAAAACUACUCAACAACAACAUAAAUAACAAAAUCAUUUGCAUUUUCCUCCAUUUUGUUCCAAGUCACAUGAAGAAACCAUGGUUUGUCAUUGGCUAAUUGAUUCAAAUAGCUCAGCACUUAGCUCACAACAUCUGCAGACGGCGAGAUUUUUUCCUCGCGAGGCGAAAAAUAUCAAACAGGAUAGAUAUUUUCCUCAAGGCCUCGAGAGGUUAAAUCCUCACGAAAACUAUCCGCACACGAGAGCAACUUGCUGAGCUAAUCGCCUCGCGAGGCGGUUAGCUCAGCAAGUUGCUCUCGUGUGCGGCUGGCUUUACAACAUUAAUUGUCAAUAUUUAAACAAUAUAAAAACGUACAAAUAUGUGUAAUUGACAUUGCCGAAUUUUGAGGGGAGGUGUGUGGAGGUGCGCACCUCCCCUAAGAAGUUUUGCACCUCCCCUGAAAAGUCAUGCACCUAUUCCCUUUGGAAAGUUUCAAUGAUAGAUCAAAGUGAAAAUUUCCAAUUCAUAUCUGUGUCAAGUACCCUUUUAAUGCAAUGUUUUGAAAGAAACUUUGUAUAGUCAUUGUAAUUGUAAUUGUAAUGAGUUGUAAAAUCAUAAUUCAUUAAUACCUUGAUACAUAUGUACACUACAUGCAUACAUCACAUCGUUGACAUUGACCCGUUCUAAGCCCUAACUUUCCAUGGGGGCCAUGACCUAGGGCGCUUUCCAUUAACACGGCCAGACCGGUCAGAACGGUCAAAUUGUUGUAUGGAACACAAAACAUUUGGACUUCGGACCUAUCUGACCGGAAAAUUUAGAUAACAUUUGAAUGAGGUCCAUUUUCGCUAGAUAUUUGAGAAACAUAGACCAGAUAUUUCCAUUGAUACAGAGAAAAACAAUUUGAGUCUGACCGGUCAGGUCAUUAAAUUGAAAGCGCCCCUAGACUGCUGCACCUCCCCUAAAUUUUUUUCCACCUCCCUUGAUAAAUGAUAAAACGAACAAUGUAACAAUAAUGAAACAAACAAUUAAUUUCUAAUUCAUAAAUUUUAAAUUUAGUCAGUAAUGCCUCGAAUGGAAUUUAUAUGAUUUUUGUUUAUAUAUUGUUUUAUUUUUAUUUUUUAACUUAUGAUAUUACUUUUUAGAAAUACGAGAUCAAAGGUGACCCUGGAAAAAUUGGAGUGCUUGGAGCGCCAGGACCACCCGGAAGACAGGUUGGACUAGAAUAGGAAAUUCGGCUUUGUGGUCAACCCCGUACCCAGGGUUUUUACUCUUGUGGAGAAAAGACCCUGGUAGACGCUGGUCACGUGAUCUGCUAAAAUCUAGCAGAUUUCUAAUUGACCAUUUGCGUAAUAGACUAAAUUUUGAACUAAACAAGUCUAGACAAAAAUUUCAUCACAGCUUGAAGGAGCAUCACAAAAUUAGUAAUAUUCCAAAGUUUCGUUGCAAAAUGUUGUAAAAUGCGGAAAAUAUAGCCUUGCGAAAUUUGCAAUUUUCAGUCAUUUUAGAUUACAAACGGGAAAUUGACAGCCCCAAACCCUUCGAGGCUGUCAAUUUCCGGUUUGUAAUCUAAAAUGACUGAAAAUUGCAAAAUUUCGCAAGGCUAUAUUUUCCGCAUUUUACAACAUUUUGCAACGAAACUUUGGAAUAUUACUAAUUUUGUGAUGCUCUUUCAAGCUGUAAUGAAAUUUUUGUUGAGAUCAAAAUUUAGUCUAUUACGCAAAUGGUCAAUUAGCUAUCUUGGAUUCCUUUACGAUAAUCAUACAAAAAGCAAAUUAUAAAUUAAACUAUAAAAAUUAUCCAAAUAUCAAAUAUUUAAACCCCGUUUACACUACGCUCAAUUUUUGGUACGGCACGGAUAAAAUUGGUACCCGUAUCACAUUUAGGUAGUCCAAGAACCAAAAAAGUGUUACGGGUAACAAUUUUAUCCGUGCCGUACCAAAAGUUGAGCGUAGUGUAAACGAGGCUUUAUACUUCAAAAUAAGAUUUCCGUUUUUAUAACGUAGAAAAAACUAUCCUAACGCAAAACUAAACCCUAACUCUAAUACUAACCCUAACCUAACCCUAACCUAAACCCGAACCUAACCCUGACUUAUUUUAAAAAUUAAUAUAAAAACGGAAACCUUAUUUUGAAGUAUACUAUCUAGCAAUUACCCUUUAUUGUCCUCAUCUUGGAUUGCUAAUUAAAAAUCUGCUAGAUUUUAGCAGAUCACGUGACCAGCGUCUACUAGGGUCUUUUCUCCCCUCACUAAGAGAAAAGACCCCAACCUCGUACCCAGAGAUGACAGAAGGAGAGACCCUGGGAACGAGGUUGGAAAGUCCCUGGGUACGAGGUUGCUUAGUGGUGUUUGCUAUUAGAUUGAGUACUAGUUUUUGGUUUGUUUUAUUCAGUGAGCUCCCAUAUAGAUCUGAAAUGAGAAAUUGCGUCCAAAAAGUGAAGCCAAAGACAGGCUUGCAAAUUAGUGUCGGUCGUCGGACAAUGCCCGGGCAAAUUUAACUUUAGUCCGAUCAAAGCCUUUUAUGACCAGACAUGUAACCGACUGAUCUAGGCUGGUGGAUUUGUCCAAUCUCAAAAAUGGAUUUUUAACACUUUUUUAUUACUGAAACCAAAGCAAUAUACUGUAUAAACAACACUUCCCCACCAUUUCUCGCUGCAUUAAACCGUAUGAUGUAAUGACCAAUACAAAUCUAAAUCGCCUUCAUAUAACAUGUUAGAAGUUACGUAUAACCUGGACCAUAAUUUGCCGGUGCAUUAGGACUGGUAGAUAUAAUUAACUCAGUUUUACAUGAAUUGAAACAUGAAAAUCAACACGACCAACCAAAAUACAUCGUGCUAAUUUCGAAAAAAAAAAUUUGGACUCAAGUUCACACCGCUUCAGGUAUAUUUCUCACUCCAGUUGUAUAUGGUGCUCACUUGUGUAUUGUUGUUUCCAGGGCCCUCCUGGUGAUCCCGGCCCACCUGGAGGAGUAGGAGAUAAGGUCAGUGUUUGAGAUGGUUCUGUUCUUGUUAUUUAAUAUAGACGAUCGGCCAACACCUAAAAAUGUGCCGAGAAAUUGUUUGAUGGCAUUUUUUGUUACAAGUUGCCAGCCAGUAUGUUCUAUAAGUUUAUACAGUGGUGAACAAGAGUAUAUAUGUUGGCACGUGUAAUUUUGGCUUUACAAUUACAGCAGAACAUUCAGUUAAGAAUUUUAAAUGAACAAAAUGAACAAAAUUUUGAUCUAGACAAGUCUAGACAAACAUUUCACCACAGCUUGAAAGAGCAUCACAAAAUUAGUAAUAUUCCAAAGUUUCGUUGCAAAAGGUUGUAAAAUGCGGAUAAUAUAGCACUGCGAAGUUUGUCGUUUUUCAGUCAUUUUGUAUUACGCACGGGAAAUUGAUACCGCUUUCUGAAAAAAGGUAUCAAUUUCCCGCGCGGAAUACAAAAUGACUGAAAAACGGCGAACAUCGCAGGGCUAUAUUAUCCGCAGUUUACAACAUUUCGCAACAAAACUUCGGAAAUAUUACUAAUUUUGUGAUGCUCUUUCAAGCCGUGAUAAAAUUUUUGUCUAGACUUGUUGAGAUCAAAAUUUUGUUCAUUAGGGAAUAGGUCCAUUAUGUAGACUAAAAAUUGAAAAUUUCAAGUUUAGUUUUAGUAUGUAUAAGUAUGUAUGUAUAAGGCAUUUAAGUGAGUAAUAUGAUUUUCGUAGCUGAUUUUCAGUUUUUAACGCUUAAAGAUAUGUUCAAUUAAGUUACUAUUUUUUCCCAGGGUUUGCCUGGUGAACCAGGGUUAGAGGGUCUUCCAGGGCUCCAAGGACCUCGAGGACUGCCAGGAGCAAGAUUGCGUAAUGUAUGCUCUUUGUUUGUUUAUUUUUUUAUUGUUUAUUGUUCUUGUGUUUACCUUUUUCUGUUUGUUUGUUUUUGUAUGCAAUGAUUUAUACUGACAAUAGUUCGUGUUCUGUAUUACCUAUAGGUGCCUUACGGCCUCCCGCGGGAAUGGCUGGAACGAUUUGUCGACUCCAUUCGCGACGGUUUGGUAAGCCGAACGUCUUUUUCUAUGGGUUAUAUUGACUAUUGUCAUGAACGUUUCCUAGAAAAGCACAUUGAAUUCCUGUGCAGUAGCUAUAUAUCAAGAAAUGUAUUUUCUUUUGUAUAACAUGGAGCAGAAACUUAUCUGCAGAACUUCGUUUCUAGAUUCUGUGACCAGAAUUAAUCCUUCUCUACGAUCUGUUUUUUGAAUUUUUUCCUACAGAUUGCGAGACAAAAGCGUGCACCACAAGGCCCAAGAGGUCCAAAAGGCUCUACUGGCGAUAGAGUAAGUAUGAUCUUUCAGGAAUUUGCAUGUUCUUUUAAUACUUUCCUGUUUCAACGUUGAGUCCGGGUACUUGGGUUUCAGUCCAGUCCAGUCCAGUUCAACGAUCUACAGAGUGUAUCAAUAAAAUUUUGGGCCAUAAUAGGUAGUUUGGGGUCUGCUAGCAUGCAUCUUCACCACUGCAAUUAUUUUCAAAAGUAAAUUUUCAAGUGCAGGAGGGUUGUUUCUAAAACUUGCUUGCGCACAAAAGUCAAGAAUGGAAUGUUUAAAACGCAAUUUGAAUUCAUAGGAUGCAAAUUUAGAAGGUGGUUUAUGAAAUAUCAAAGUACCGGACAGUUUGAUAUACAGGCUACUAUGACAAAAAGUCCAAGUUUUAGAGAUCAUGCGUUAGAUUUAUUGCACCCUAUGAAUUCAGUUUUAAGUUUCAAGCCUUCCAUUUUUAUGCGCAAGCCAUUUUAAAGUGUUGUUUUUCUUAAAACAACCCCCCUGUACCCACACAUUUACUUUCCAAAAUAAUUUUGGUGGUAAAGAUACUAAAGUUUUCACAAAUUUUGCUGAAUUUGCAUUUUUAGCGAACAUUUUCAAGCUAUGCAAUGUUUGUAUACAUCCGGUAGUUUAGUUUAAAUAGAGUCCUCAAUGAAUAUCGUAUGUUUUCUUCAGGGAUACGUAGGGUUACCUGGCGGUGCUGGUCGAAAAGGGAUGAAAGGAUGUCAGGUACUUAGAACUGUCAUUUGCUAGGGAUGAGCCGAUUGAUUGGAAAAUAAUAGGGAAAUUUGUGUAAUCAGCCAUUUUGAAAUAAUCGGUAAACGCCUGAUUAUUUAUCCCGGCGCAAACGAGAUGGUCAAUUCACGGUCACUGUUUCUUCAUUUCAGGGAAUGACUGGAAGACCGGGAUCAAAGGGACAUGUGGGACCUCCAGGGACAGAAG